GUUUUCCACACGUGUUAUUGUUUACUUCCGUUUAGCUGUCUCUUGACUAGUCUUGACUCUUCUCUCAAGUUCUCAUCUGUCUUUGGCCAGACAUACUGGGUGGAUGCUGACUUGAGUUGGGGACAGCUUGUGAGUGAGUGGAUGGGUUAAAUUUUUGCCCACCAAAUCUAUUUUAAAGAUGAAAGAUAUUGUAGAAAGCGACACCCCACAAGCUGUGAGCUUGCUGAAAGAGAUAAAGAAAGCUAGUGGAGAGUGUCUUCAAAACUUGAGAGUACUUACGACAAGGAUCAAAGACAGUACAUCCACAUCGUCGGCAAACCAGGGUAUCAGCUUUUUGGAUGUGAAAAACCAAUUGAUGGCAAGCUACAUGGCAAAUAUCGGACUCCUCAUGGACAAAAAGACAAGUGGCUGCUCUGUUAAAAAUGAUCCUGCCAUUGAUCGACUUGUUGAAAUCAGAACAGUGUUGGAGAAGAUGAGGCCAAUUGAACACAAAUUAAGAUACCAGAUCAACAAAGUCGUAAAUGCUUACAAAGAAGGAAAAAUGGAUCCAUCUGACCCAAGGAAGUUUAAGGCAAACUUUGGAUCAUUUGCCAAUGUGCCUGGAGGUGACUCUAGUGAUGAGGAUGGAGACAAAAAUGAUGACACGUCAGAUGGAAAGUCAAAACUCUAUGUGGCACCUAAGCUGGCUCCAGUGCACUAUUCUGAUGAUGAGACUGCAGAGGAAAAGCAACAAAAGCAAAAGGCAAAAUCGGCCCGCAGAGCUCUAGGGUCAGCCAUGCUGAAAGAGAUUCGAGAACAGUACACUGACGCCCCAGUGGAGAUCUCAGAGUCCAGAGAUGUGCAUCGCAUCAGAGACAAUAAACGAGACCGUGAAAAAACAGAGUAUGAGGAAUCCAACUUUGUUCGUCUUGCAGUUUCAAAGAAGGAAUCUACUGCGAUGAAGCGUUUGGGGACAAUGUCUGCACUGGGAACUCUGGCAGAUUUUGAUGGUUUCUCUGGCAUGGAUGGAGGAGAUGAGGCUGGUCCUUCCAAGAAGAAGAAGAAGAAUUUUCCUAUGGGCAAGAAAAAGAAAGGCAAAGGUUUUGGCAAGAAGAAAGGUGGCAAAAAGCAGAGGCGGUGACAGGUGCAGCAAUCUAUCUUAUUAGCAAAUAAAUUGGAAAUAUUGAUCAUCAUGUC